AUGGCUUCCAACACGCUUUCUUUCGAAGGUUGCAAUUUUCUUCGCCAAAGAUUGAUUUUAUCCACCCUAUCAGGUCGUCCGGUAAAAAUAAAGAAAAUCAGAUCAAAGGAUGACAAUCCAGGAUUGAGAGAUUUUGAGGCAAGUUUCAUCAGGCUUCUAGACAAAAUUACAAAUGGCUCCAGAAUAGAAAUAAAUGAAACUGGUACAGUUCUGUACUACCAGCCCGGUAUGCUGACUGGUGGUUCUCUUGACCAUGACUGCAAUAUACAGAGGUCUAUAGGUUACUAUCUGGAAUUGCUGCUCUGCCUUGCACCGUUUACAAAGAAACCUGUGAAAGCUGUGCUGCGUGGUGUCACAAAUGACCAGACAGAUCUGUCAGUGGACUUGAUCAAGGCGUCUGCUUUUCCCAUCAUGAAGAAAUUCCUUGGUACUGAUGAAGGUUUUGAACUCAAGAUUAAUCGUCGGGGUGCUGCCCCUGGUGGAGGUGGAGAGAUCUUCUUCUGCUGUCCGACGCGACAGAAAUUGAGACCAGUUCAGUUCAAAGACCCGGGAAAGAUCAAGAGAAUAAGGGGUGUAGCAUGGGCUGUUAGGGUGUCACCAGCAUUUGCCAACAGAAUCGUGGAUGCCACCAGAAGUGUUCUUAAUAAAUUCCUGCCAGAUAUUUACAUUUAUACUGACCACCUCAAGGGAAGCCAGUCUGGAAAGUCACCUGGUUUUGGGUUAACCUUAGUAGCAGAGACGUUAAAUGGGACCUUCUUGUCAGCUGAGAUGUCAUCAAAUCCAAAUGGUAGUCCUGAUGGGCCUUCCGUUCCUGAAGACGUCGGGAAACAAACUGCCAAACUGCUCUUGGAGGAAAUUUACAGUGGAGGUUGUGUGGAUUCAAAUGUCCAGAGUUUAGCGUGUUUACUCAUGGCAUUAGGACAGAAAGACGUCUCAAAAUUGCAGAUGGGAGCACUUACACCUUAUACGAUGCAGUUUCUACGUCAUCUAAAAGACUUUUUCCAAGUUAUGUUUAAAAUUGAUCCGAUUGUGAAAGGUGAGGACGAUGAAACAAGAACUGGAGGAGAGAAACUAUUAUUGACCUGUGUUGGAGUUGGAUAUUCUAAUCUGAAUAAGGGAUUAAUAUAGCAUUGCUUUGGAAAAUUGCAGAAAGGAUUGUUAUUUUAGGCCAGAACAGCAGUAUCCUAUGUCCUGUACUCCAUCUAUUUUAGAAAGUGUACAAAUUGAAAACAUGUUUGAAUAAGAAUUUGUGGUGCUGUAUAAAUAAA